CUCCGUCACACAUGGACUAAAAAAGUUAGACAAACUGGGGAAAGGCGUGGAUGGUUGUUUACCUGCUUCCAUCAGCCACUGCAGAGGGACAGUGAAAAGGGGACCCAGAAGCUGUGGGUUGUCAUGGACACCUUUUUCCGCCGGCACUUUAGACUGAAAGGGGCGGAGCAAUCCCGACACAGACGGCCUGGCGUGGCAGUGCCCACAAGCAAGGCUCGCCGGCGCUCCAGUGUAGGACUGCCCUCUGCUGGCCUGGUCCAACGUAGACGCUCUAGUGUGGGACUGCCAUUCACAGGUCCUGUCAGACACAGAAGGUCCAGUGUAGGCCUGUCGCCGACGGCUCAAGCCCAACGAAGACACUCCAGUGUUGGCCUGCCGUCAGGUUAUGUGGGUCGUAGAUGCUCCAGUGUGGGCUUGGCCUGCGCUGCUCACAAACAACGCAGGCACUCCAGCGAGGUGCAGGUGUUACCCCAGGCCACCGGGGGGCACUGUUGUUAUGGAGGCGGGAAGCUAGUGAGGACCAGAUACUACACCAGGCGUCGCUCCAGCACCACCGUGGCCUGUGUCAACCCCCGCUUCUCUGUCCGCCGCCGGCAAGCCAGCAAGCUCCGCACCAUCGACACCCACCUGCUGGGGCCCUCCAUGCUGCUGGCCAGCCUGGUCCAGAUGAGUGAGGAGCAGCAGAAGGGGGCACCAGAGGCGCAGGGCGGUGAGGGGGCGUCAGGAGAGGACACUGAGAGCUGCUGCUCCGAGUCAGAGGGGGACAGCUGCAGUCAGAGAGAGUGUAGCACCAGGUCAGAGGGCAGCGGGAGUGAACGAGAGGGGACUGCGGCAUCAUCAUCAUCAUCAUCAUCAUCAUCAUCAUCAUAUCCAGAGGGAGAGAGGACGUGGGAGGACUGGAAUCAGGCUCAUAGUAUGGCAGCCUUAACGAUGGAGAGCAUCCAGCCCCGGCCCCUGAGCCGCGCCCUGCGCUGCCUGCGCCGUAACUCCUCCCAGCUGCUGCCGGCGGAGGCGGUGCACCGUAGCAGGGCGGUCUACGGUGGGCGCGGGCGCUACCGACGCUCCAGCCAGUUACGGAGGCCUUCCACCAUCCCCAACAGCGUCUGGCCAGGCAGGCUAGUCCACCCACCCAGCCGCAGGAGCUCUAUAGUGGCCUGCCACUCCUCCCGUUCCCUGUAUAGGAACUGUUCCGCCUGCUGGAAACCCAGGGGCCGCAGGGAGUCCCUCAGCCCCCUGCAGGGCAUCUACUAUGACCCCCGCCUGGAGACUUGGAGUGGGUUCGUCUCGAAGGCCAUCGCUAAAUCGGGUCUACAGCACCUGUCUGCCCAGCCCAGUGCCUCAGCCCUGGCCAAGUUUGACCCAGACAGGGAGAUCCGGAGCAGCUGUGACUGGACCGAGAACGCCCUGUAUGGGGAGCACAUCUGGUUUGAGACCAAUGUCUCUGGGGACUUCUGUUACGUCGGAGAGCAGCACUGCUUCGCCAAGACGCUGCAAAAAUCUGUAGCCCGGAAAAAAUGUGCAGCCUGCAAGAUAGUGGUUCACACAAUCUGCAUAGAGCAGCUAGAAAAGUUAUUCGACACCGAGGCUAUGCCAAAUGAAGCCAGCCUGCUUAUCGAAGACCCCGCCUUUAGAAUAAACUUUAGGUGUAAACCGUCAUUCAGGGAAUCGGGGUCUAGGAAUAUACGAGAGCCAGUCCUCCAAAGACAAGGCGCUCUAAAGGGCCACAGGCGGAUGGCUAACUGCAUGGCCACCCCUUUCCUGAGCCAGUCCCAGCCCACCGUAGUGCGGCACCAUUGGGUGCACCGGAGGCGCCAGGAUGGGAAGUGUCGGCAGUGCGGGAAGGGUUUCCAGCAGAAGUUUGCCUUUCAUAGCAAAGAGAUUGUGGCCAUCAGCUGUUCGUGGUGUAAACAGGCAUAUCACAACAAGGUGUCCUGCUUCAUGCUGCAGCAGAUCGAGGAGCCCUGCUCCCUGGGUGCUCAUGCCUCUGUCAUCGUACCCUCUACCUGGAUCCUCCGGGUCCGCAGACCUCAGACCUCACUAAAGUUGAGUAAAAAGAAAAAACGGACCUCGUUUAAGCGCAAGUCCAGCAAAAAGGGAGUAGAGGAGGCGCGCUGGAAGCCCUUCAUAGUUAGACCCAUUCCCUCUCAGCUUAUGAAGCCGCUGUUGGUGUUUGUCAACCCGAAGAGUGGGGGGAAUCAGGGAGCCAAGAUUAUCCAGUCGUUCAUGUGGUACCUGAACCCCCGCCAGGUAUUUGACCUGAGUCUGGGAGGUCCUAAGGACGGGUUAGAAAUGUACCGUAAGGUGCAUAACCUGAGGAUACUGGCAUGCGGAGGUGAUGGCACGGUGGGCUGGAUCCUGUCUGCUCUGGACCAGCUCCAGUUGAACCCCCCGCCUGCAGUAGCCAUCCUGCCUCUGGGGACAGGCAACGACCUGGCCAGGACCCUCAACUGGGGUGGUGGUUACACAGAUGAGCCGGUGUCUAAGAUCCUGUCUCAUGUAGAGGAUGGGAACAUCGUCCAGCUCGACCGGUGGAAUCUAGUAGUGGAGCCCAACCAGGAUGCUGGUGCAGAGGAGAGGGAUGAGCAGCAGACCGACAAGCUCCCCCUCGACGUCUUCAACAACUACUUCAGCCUCGGCUUCGACGCACACGUGACACUAGAAUUCCACGAGUCUCGAGAGGCCAACCCUGAGAAAUUCAACAGCCGCUUUCGGAACAAGAUGUUCUACGCAGGGACGGCCUUCUCAGACUUCCUCAUGGGCAGCUCCAAAGACCUAGCCAAACACAUCAAGGUCGUGUGCGACGGCACCGACCUCACCUCAAAGGUUCAGGAUCUGAAGCUGCAGUGUUUGGUGUUCCUCAACAUUCCCAGAUACUGUGCUGGUACCAUGCCAUGGGGAAACCCAAGCGAGCACCAUGACUUUGAGCCACAACGGCACGACGACGGCUGCAUUGAAGUUAUCGGCUUCACCAUGACCUCUCUGGCAACACUGCAGGUCGGAGGUCACGGUGAGCGGCUGAACCAGUGCAGAGAGGUGACCCUCACCACCUACAAGUCCAUCCCCAUGCAGGUAGAUGGGGAGCCGUGCAAGCUAGCCCCCUCCACCAUCCGGAUCUCCCUGAGGAACCAAGCCAACAUGGUGCAGAAGGCCAAGAGGAAGACCUCUAUACCACAGCUCAACGACCAGCAGCCCUUCCCGGAGAGAUUAAGGAUCCGGGUGAACCGUAUUAGCAUGCACGACUAUGAGGCCCUGCAUUACGACAAGGAGAAACUUAAAGAAGCCUCUAUCCCGCUGGGCCUCAUCGUUGUCCCGGGAGACAGUGACCUGGAAACAUGUCGCUCCCACAUCGAGAGGCUCCAAGAGGAGGAUGAGGGAGCUAAGUCAAAGACCAUUUCCUCGCAGAAGCUUUCGCCAAAGUGGUGCUUCUUGGACUCCACAACUGCAGAUCGAUUUUACAGAAUUGAUCGUGCUCAGGAACACCUAAACUAUGUGACCGAGAUAUCCCAAGACGAGCUCUUCAUCCUGGACCCUGAGCUGGUCGUCACGGAGACGGUGAGCACCUCACCAGGGAUGCCUGAUCUGGUUGAUUCUUCUGGUGAAUUCCCGGAGGCGUCUCCCAAGUUUGGAUUCCCAUCCUCCUCCUCCUCUUCUCCUCCCCCCUCACCGGGACCCAGGAUCAUGGAGCUCCAGAAGAACACUCAGAGGAAGCGAAUAUCCAGCGACAGCUCGGUGGUUGAGGCACUGGCACACAACGACUCUCUCAGGUCCAGUAAGCCUGCCCUCACCAGGGCCGGAUGUAUCCAUCGGUCUAACACUACUGCAGCUGAGAUCAACCCAACAUUGAGGUCGGAGAAGAAUACACUGUGCAAUACAGACAAAGUAUCACCAGAAGUGUUGAUUGAAUGUGUGAAGAGCAAGGACCAUCUGAAGCUGAAGGAGCUGCACAAACUGGGAGCCGACCUGUCACUGCAGGACCCCUCAGGAUGCACCCUGCUCCACUAUGCUGUGGACACUGGUAGCAAGGACACUGUCAAAUACAUCCUGGACAAUGCACCCACAGAUAUCCUGGAUGUAACAGAAAAAGAAAAUGGGGAGACAGUGUUGCACAAAGCAGCGUCACUGUGCCAGAGGACUAUCUGUCACUACCUGGUAGAGGCAGGGGCAUCCCUCAUGAAGACAGACUUACAGGGUGACACACCAAAGCAUCGUGCAGAGAAGGCCAAGGAUGCAGAGCUGGCUGCCUACCUGGAGAACCGGCAGCACUACCAGAUGAUCCAGAGAGAGGACCAGGAGACAGCCGUGUGACUCUGCUCCUUGACCUCCAGCACCACUUCCCUAUCACCUAACCCUGUGCCAAACCUACUUUAGCUAAAAAAAACGUAAACUCGCCGGAGAAGACGGUCAAAAGGUAGCCAGUGUUGUAUUCUCCUGCCAGGGAGUUGGUUGGAGUUCUACCAGAUGAGAGACUUGUCAGAUCCACCAUGUGAGAUGAUUGUGACCAGUGGACUUGAUUAUUGCACUGCCCCCCCCCCCCCCCCCAAAAAAAAGCGGAUGUUUUUUGUCGGAACGCUUGGAAGAGAUGGUUCUUCUGUUUCAUUUUUUUCCCCCAGCUUGUGUUGCGCUUGCGAUCCACCUAGACUGAAUGUUGAAAUGGUUAUGUAGAGAAUUGUGCUCCAAGGUUUUAGGACAGGGUCCUGGCUAAUUGAAUGUCUAGGUAAUUGUAUUAUUAUACGCUCCGAUGGAGCUGUAUCUCUCUGUGUCUAUAAAAGCAGCAUGAGCGUUUCAACUGUACGGAUCACAAUGACUCAGUGGAUUUCAAAAGGGUAUUAACACUCUGAUCUGUAGGCCAGCUGUCUUUAAGGCUACCAAAAAUGUCAUUAUUUUGAUGACGUUUUUAUUUGUUUAUAGUACUGCUGUUGAUUUCUUUAUUUUUUAUUUGUUGACUGAUUUGUCCACCCAUAAUGCAGUGUAAUGGGAUAAAACUAUCCACGAAAGUGGGGAAUUUUUUACGUAACACUUUUCUCAUUACCAAACGAUUUGAAUUGAAUACAUCAAUGUUGUUCUACUUUAUGAUCACUUGGCAAAUGUUUAUUUUAUUUCUUAAAGUGUUAAUAAGGAUAUUUGGUACUGUACACUUAUCGUAGUAGCUCUGUGUUCAAGCAGUUUAUGCACUGCAGCUCCAAUUGCCUUGAUUUUCUUAUUUUGUUGGCUGAUUCGUUUGUAUUUAAUGUACUUAAUUAAGUCAUGGUGUAUUUUUAUAGCAUUUUUAAGCAGAUUGAUGUUUAUAUAAUUUGUACAUAUUAUAAAUUUAACAUUUUUGUGUUUGGUCAUUAUUUACUAUAAAAUGUGCGUUUUAUAUGUAUUUGUUUCAGAACUACAAAGCAUUUCUUCUCUCAUAUUGUUACAGAAGUCAAAGACGUAUUUAUUCACCUCAACGUUUUUUUUACCGAUUAUUUUCAGCGAACUCAAAAAUGUUCCAAAGGUUUGGGUUGUAAAUUUACAAAGUGUUUGUUGUUGUUUUUUUUACAUAAAACAAUUAUAAUUUGUCUAAAUAAUAA